CUCCCGGCUGCAGCUGCACAGGCCGCCAUGGGGCUGGGAAUACUGCUUCUGCUGCUACUCUGGCCUGGGGGCACCCAGGGCUCCAAGUUGGACCCCAACGGGCAGCAUGUCUGCAUGACCAAAAGCACCUCUGCUGAGCUCCAGUGCUGCCCAGGCUGGAGGCAGAAAGAUCAAGAAUGCACCAUCCCCAUCUGUGAGGGCCUGGAUGCCUGCCGAAAAGAUGAGAUAUGUGUGAAACCAGGCCUCUGUCGGUGCAAACCUGGAUUCUUCGGUGCCCACUGCAACUCCCGCUGCCCGGGCCAGUACUGGGGCCCCGACUGCCGUGAGACUUGUGCCUGCCAUCCACAUGGCCAGUGCGAGCCGGCCACCGGAGCGUGCCACUGCCAAGCUGGCCGCUGGGGCAAGCGCUGCGAGUUCGCCUGCUCCUGUGGCUCCCGUGGGCAUUGCAACCCCGAGACGGGCGCGUGCCGCUGCGAUCCCGGCUGGUGGUCGCCCACGUGCCUCCGCCCGUGCCAGUGCAACCUGAUGGUGUCGCGCUGUGACCCGGCCACGGGCGCCUGCCUGUGCGAUCCGGGCUGGUGGGGCCGCCGCUGCAGCUUCGAAUGCACCUGCAAUGGCUCGCCGUGCUCUCAGGAGAGUGGUCGCUGCGCCUGCCGGCCGGGCUGGUGGGGCUCCAGGUGCCAGAAUCCUUGCGAGUGUGUGCGCGGCCACUGCAGCGCCGCCUCCGGCCAGUGCACCUGUCCGCCCGGCUUCCGCGGCGCGCGCUGCGAGCUGCCCUGCCCAGCGGGCCGCUACGGGGACCAGUGUCGGGACAGCUGUGGCCACUGCAAGCAGAAUGAGCCGUGCUCUGCAGACACAGGCAGCUGUCAGUCCUGUGAGCCCGGCUGGAAUGGGACUCUGUGCCAACACCCCUGCCCAUCUGGCACCUUUGGCGAGAGCUGUGGACAGCAGUGCCCCCAUUGCCGGUUUGGGGGAGCCUGUCAGCCAGACACCGGGCACUGUCAGCACUGUGACCCUGGCUGGCUGGGGCUCAGGUGUGAAGACCCUUGCCCGAUUGGCACCUAUGGGGAAGACUGUGGCUCUACCUGCCCCACCUGUGUUCAGGGGGCUUGUGAUGCUGUGACUGGGGAAUGUAUCUGCAACGCUGGCUAUUGGGGGCCCAGCUGCAACAUUUCAUGCCCAUCUGGCUUCCAUGGAAACAAUUGCUCUGUUCCCUGUGAGUGCCCAGAGGGAUCCUGCCAUCCUGUCUCUGGGGCCUGCCAACUGGGGUCUCGAGGUCAGGAGGCAGCCCUCAUUGCGGGCAUCCUUGUGCCUCUGCUACUGCUUCUCUUGGGGAUCGUCUGCUGUGUCUGCUGCUGCUGGGCUGCCCGACUGGACCCCAAGGACAGAUCAGUGAGAGAUGGAGCUGCUGUGUCCAGGAUGAAAAUACAGGUCUGGGGGGCACUGACCAGCCUGGGGUCUGUGCUCCCCUGUGGUUCCCUCAGCAGCCACAAGCUUCCCUGGGUGACAGUCUCCCACCACGACCCGGAGGUCCCCUUCAACCACAGCUUCAUCGAGCCUCCCUCUGCUGGCUGGGCCUCAGAUGACUCCUUCUCUUCUGAUUCUGAGUCUGGAGUGGAUGACGAAGGUCCUGCCUAUUGCGUCCCACCCCAAGAAGGGAUGGUCCCUGUGGCCCAAGAAGAGUUGCCAGAGGCCAAUCUAGCUGGAGGCCCCUUCCCUCCCCCUGAGGAUGCCUCUACACCUUUCGCCAUCCCACGCACUUCCAGUCUAGCCAGGGCCAAGCGACCAUCGGUCUCCUUCGCCGAAGGCACCAAGUUUGCACCACAGAAUCACCAGAGCUCAGGGGAGCUCUCCAGCCCACUUCGAAAGCCCAAGAGAUUGCCCCGGGGGGCACAGCCAGGUCCUCAUGGCCCGGAGACUGAGGACUGUGCUGGCUCAGAGCAAGCAGAAAUGAAUGAUGCCCCUCCUGGUGCUGCCAGCCCUAAAGACUCUGCUGUCAGCCGCCGCCGGCUCCCACUUGGAGGCCGGACAGUGGCUGAGCGUGUGGAAGCCAUUGAGGGCAGUGUCCAGGAGAGCUCAGACUCUGUGACCACGAUCUACAUGCUGGCAGGGACUCCCCGGGGAUCUGAAGGCCCUGUCAGGUCUGUUCUUCGGAGAUUUGGUAGUUUCCAGAAAGGCCAGGCAGAGCCCAAAGUCAAGAGUGCCAUCCCUAAGCCUCCACGCAGGGCACUGAGUCGGAACAAGGGCAGCCCGGGGCUGGCCUCCAGCUCUGCCAAUCAGAGUCCUGGUUCAGCCCCCCCACAUGAAGAGGUCACUGGAGCCUCAGAGUCUGCAGAAGCCAGACCAGAGGAAGUGACCAGGGGUCUGGGGGGUAGCAUCAAGGGCUCAGGGAGCGCCCAGGAGCCAGCCCCCACCAGUAGCCUGCUAGGACAGGACCCUCAGAAGCCUGCUGAAGGGGAAGGGCAGGAGGAACCUCAAUAUGAGAAUGUUACACCUAUGUUUGGGCCCCCAGAGCCCUGAGGACCUUGACACUGGGGAAUAGUAAGACUAUGGAUGGGGGUACAUCUGAAUUAGCCCUGGAUCAGAUUGUGUUUUGAGCUGGAAAACAAUCGCAGGGCCAGGACAGAUAUACCAAAGAUCCUGCCCUUCUACAGGGAACAGUCAGGGUUGGAUGCCAGUUGGCUCUGGGUCCUGGCAGUGCUCUGGGAAUGUUCUGGAAAGCCCGGCAGAGACCCUGCAGGAUGGGGUCAGGAAGGGGAAAGAGAUGACUACAGGAACUUUUUUUUCUAUUACUUUGGACCCUGUUUACCCCAAAAAGCAGUUUCCCCCUUCUUCAUUUGCAAAAUAUUUUUCUAAAAUGGGAAAAAACCUAAAUGUUUGCUGGUUAAAGAUAGGUUAAAUAAAUAUUUCUUACGUAGAUUCCUAAACAACCCUGAAAAAUCAUGUUGUGUGUGCAAAA